UUGAUUGUAUACACCUGUGUCCAUGGAGGGGAUUGGAACACAUGAAUCACAUGAUAUGGAGGGGAUUGGAACACCUGAAUCACAUGAUUGGGAGGGGAUUGGAGCACCUGAAUCACAUGAUAUGGAGGGGAUUGGAGCACCUGAAUCACAUGAUUGGGAGGGGAUUGGAACACCUGAAUCACAUGAUAUGGAGGGGAUUGGAACACCUGAAUCACAUGAUAUGGAGGGGAUUGGAACACCUGAAUCACAUGAUAUGGAGGGGAUUGGAACACCUAAAUCAUGGGAUAUGGAGGGGAUUAGAACACCUGAAUCACAUGAUAUGGAGGAGAUUGGAACACCUGAAUCACAUGAUUUGGAGGGCAGGCCCCAAAUUUUUGGAAAUAAAGUGUAU